GCGGCAUCCAUCCAGCAACUUAGCAGAGGUGUCCCCAUCCCCCUUACACAGACGCGCGCCGUCUCCCCUACACUCACCAUGUCCAGUGACCGCGGAAGAGGCAGAGGGGGAAACCGUGGUGGGCGAGGCGGUAGCGACGGUUCAAGCCGCGGCCGAGGCGCCUGGCGGAACGGCCCCCCUCCCACUUUUACGCCCAACCCCAGAAUGAGCAUUAACGACCACAUGAACGACAUGAAGAUCGUCCAAGGCGUCCAGAAUGAACGAAAGGGUUUCCAGACAGACACCGACAUCUCCCGCACCACCAGCAACCCCAACGCAGAACGUGAACUCCAGCCCUGGGUCCCCGACGGCCCCGCCGCCGCGGCAACUGCCUCGCCUUCGCCCCGCCCGAAUGGAGGCAACGCCGAUCUGGAGACGUUUGGCCAGGCAAAGAACAUUCCGUGGGAUCAGUUUGAGACGAACGAGAGGCUGUUUGGGGCAAAGACAGACUUCCAGGAGGAGUUGUAUACCACCAAGCUCAACAGAGGCGGUGCCGACUAUCACAAGAGGGAAAAGGAAGCGGACAGAAUGGCGAAGGAGAUUAUGGGCCAAACUUCCAAGAAUGCGCACGUCGCAGAAGAGCGGGGCCAGGUCGACACUCGAGACGAAGAGGAAAAAUACUCUGGCGUUUCUCGUGCCCCCAACGCCUAUGUGCCUCCUUCUGCUCGACGUGGCAACAGCGGUCAAGCCCCGGCUGCUCCUCGCGCCUCUGUCAAUGGCAACCAAGCUCCCCAAGCCCCCGAGCCACCCAAGGCCGAAUCGCCCGCCCUGGUUCCACCCGCCGGUCCCGCUCGCAGCACAAGCGAUGAAGUCGUCAACACUGCGCCCCAAUCUGUUCCCAUGAAGGCUUCCGGUACCAGCACCAACAUCCAGCCCGUCACUGAGGGUGCGACCUCGUCCAUUGCCGAGCAGAAGAAUGAGCUCAGCGGUGUCGUCAACGAGUGGAGGCAGUUUGUUGGGACCGAGCGCGAAAAGGUGGAGGCCAGAAGAACGUCGGCUUUGAAGACGGAAAAGGACAAGCAAUUGGCCGAGUUGAAAAAGUUCCAGGCAAGCUUCAAGGUGCCGCUGCCGAUGCCCAAGGACAUGCUUUCGAUCUUGACCAAGGAUGAGGCAAAGCAGAAGGAUAUUGAGGCAAAGGCUGCCGCCGCCCUCGAUGCUGCCAAAAAGGAUCGCAAGACCUCUUUGGCGGCUGCGCCUUCUCCUGUCAGCGCUGCACCUCCCAUCCACACCAAUGGCAAGACCGACGCUCCCCGCCCUCCUGGUUCCAAGAAGAUAAACAUGAAGAUCCCUGAAAUCCCACCUUUCAACGCCGCCAAGCGCAAACCACCCCCCGUGCCCGUCGCCGAGUCUGCCCAAAACGACAUCAAGCUUCUCACCUCUCCCACUCCCUCCAACGUUUCGCUUGCGUCUACGAGACUCAACCCUACUGCGAGCUCAUUCGUCUUCAAGCCGCGUGGGGACGCGCAGGCUUUCAAGCCUGGGCAGCCAUCUGUGGCUGGGAGUCCAGCGGUUUCUGCCAAGCAGCCUACUGCUGGCCCGUCCACGGCAUCCACUCCUGCCCCUGCUCCCGCUCAGAACCAACCUCGCGGCAACCAAUUCUUCCGUGAAAAGCUCCCCGAAAAGUUGUCAGUCAACCCGAGGGAAGACUUCAACCCAUGGAAGCACAGGCCCGUGGAGCAGCCUUCCUCUGUGGGUUUGGCUUGGGGCUUCUCGGGCAGAAAGGCUGGUGUACCACCGGCGUUUGCAAGCCCCGCCCCAGGUGUACACUUGCAGUUUGACGAUGAUCCCAACUCUAUUUCCCCACACCCUGCUCAGCCGGCUUUGAUGCCUGGUAUGCCGCCCAACUACCCUCCUUUCGGCCGAUUCCAGCCCGGUAUACCCCCGCCUUACGCUGUUCAGGGUAUGCAAAACCCCAUGUUCUCCCCUCCUCACUUUGCUCCUCACCCAGGACAACAAAUGGGCCAGCCUCCCCAGCAUAUGAUACCCGGUGGUCCACAGCAUAACAGUAUGUCAAUUUUUGACAACUAGAAUUUGAGCCCAACUGUCGCAGUGCCCAUGUAUUUCCAAAACGGCAUGCCUCACUCCCCCGCUUUCCUCCCCCCUCAACCCAUGCAACAAUACCCCCACACCCCUCAACGCCAUGUCCAAGGUCCUGGACCGGGCGGACCCAAUGGUCCUCCACAGAUGUUCUACCCCAACCAGGGUCCACCCAUGCCUCACCAAACUCCUCUGCAACAACACCAAAUCCCUUAUCCCGGCCACUCUCCCGCUCAAGGGCACCAGCCGCCAUUCCAGCAAGCACCGCCGCCGCAGAUGCAAAUGUCGCCCGUACCGGGGCACGCACAUGCGGCGCAGGCACAGCAGCAACCUGGGGCUUGAUGCAGAGGCAGAGAUAGUGAAGACGGUGUUAAAUGGAAGGGUGAAAAGGGUGCGGAAGUAUCCACGCAGAUCUUGUUGGAGGAAAGGGUUGAUGGAGAAAUUGUUGUAUAAGGGAGAAAGAAAGAUGAACGGGAUCUGUUGCCGGGAUGCUGAAGAUGGAGAGAGAGGAUGAGCACAUGGCAGCAGGCAAGAAGGUGCUGUGGUAUCUUGCAAGAGGUGACCUUGCAAUGCUAUCCAAUUCCAAUUAAACAAACCGUGUGGCGAGGGUUGAGCAUUUUCACAUACAGCUUGUCCAUGAUCCUACUUGUGCGGCAUGUAUUGCAACCCUUGUCCUUUGCGGU